AUGGACAUGAUAGAGGACAAUAUCCCUGGACCUUCGUUUGACAUGGCCAGUUUAUCCGACUUUCCGUCGGGGUCAUCCUCGGGCUUAGACUUUCUGCCUGCAGGAAGCCAGCCAAGUCCUCGACUAUUGGGACCCCUCGGUGAAGUAAAACCUAUAGAAGGAAGUAGCGAGAGUUGGCAGUGGGUAUUAGGCCAACUGAAAAGCUAUCCCCGUGCGUUCGCCGAACAGUCGCAAACACUGUUCAUCCACCCGCAUCUAUACCGUGACUCUAUGCCACGUUCAAUCAGGGCGGCUUUCGGCGCAUCCUCUGCAUCCUGCCUCCUCAGUCAGAGCAACAGGAUUAUGUUAUUCCGACUUAUAGAUAUAGAGGUUCUUCAGCUACUACAGAAUAACGAACCAAACCUGACUCUGUUGGAUGAGCUAGCCAGGUUGCAAGCUCUAGUCCUCUAUCAAACGAUACGACUCUUCCACGGUGGCAUUGAACAGCGCAUGUUGGCUGAGCAGCAGCAAACAGUCCUGAUGAGUUCAGCCUUGAAACUGCUUGCCCGGUCUCAAGCCGAGCUCCAAAAAGCCGAAGCAGUAUGCUGGGCUUCGUGGAUCCUCGCGGAAUGCAUCCGCCGGACAGCGCUUGUAGUCUACAUGCUCUAUGGGGUCCAUUCCAUUGUCCGGCAGGGAAUAUGCAUCGGGUUCCAUACGCUGGUCGCUUUACCCAUGUCAACAGCAUUCAAUUCCUGGAAUUCAGAGGCUGACCACCUCAAUCAGCCCGAGCCUACAAGAACAAUAACGUAUGAGAUGUUCACCGAGGGAUGGCCGGCUAUGCCACGAAAACUUCUUCCCCUCGAGAAAUUUUUACUUGUUCCGUGCAAGGGUAUCAAUACCAUCGAAGCUUACGAUAUUCCGGAAAGCGUUGUCGUAUGA